UUGCUGUCCAAACCUACUGCCGCACAGCUGAGCUCCAGCAAGGUUCUUUUCGACGACGACAGGAGGCAAUAGCUUUCGCGUUCUCAAGCAAAAAAAAAAAUGUGAGUGCGCGUAGCGCACAGAGACCAAGACUUCCGGUGACGUCAUACAGAACGCUCAAGAAAAUACUACCAGAACUGUUACAACGAAGGGGUUUUCUAAAUCCCAGUCAAUUUCUGCUUCAUCGAACGAAACGGCAACUGUGAGGAGAUGACAUCGCACACGCCCGAGCGCCCGAAGCUGCUCAACUACUUCACCUCCAAGAAACCAUCGGCCGAGCAAAGAGAAGCGUCGGAGCAGGCGUUCCUCGCGUUCCUAGCAAGCGCCAACUCGGAACUCGACGCCGUAGCGGCAAAGGCCCCGACGAAACCUGACCCCCGGAGCGCCGAAGCAGGCUGCAGCCGCUGCACCGCCCAUCGCAGGAGGCGCCACAAGUGCAGCUCUUCUUCCCUCGAGGUCGACUUCGGCAACGAGGCCUCGAUCGUACAGCGGAACGGCGCGCGGCGGUUCAGCCUACCCGUCGUGUUCCGCAUCGUGGAGGGCGACCGCACCUUCUGGGACAUCAACCCGAACCAGAUCGCCCGCGAACUGGUCACCAUACUCAGCCGAGACGUGGUCCACCAGCGCCUGAGCCGGCGCGGCCUGCUCACGGUCCGCGUGGCCACUGCGGACGCGGCCAUCAAGCUGCUGGACAUCAAGACUCUGGGGGGCCUCAGCGUCGAGGCCAGCAUACCGGCGGUGCUGCUCAAGAACGAAGGCAAGAUACGGGCGGUGCCCUACCGCUACACGGACCAGCAGAUCUUCGAGAAGCUCAGACCCCUCGGGGUGAUCUGCGUGCGGCGUCAGUACGGCCUCAAGAAGACCGACGACGGCGGCGUGGAGCGCGGCCCGCGGGGCGUGGUCGUGCUCACGUUCAAGGAGGACGUGUCCCUGCCCACCCGCGUGAACAUCGGCCAGUUCUCGUACCCCGUCGAGGAGUACCUGGAGCCACCGCUGCAGUGCUUCCACUGCAUGCGCUACGGCCACUGCUACAAGGUGUGCCGCGCAGACGUUCGCUGUCGCCACUGCGCAGGUCCGCACCGCAUCAAGGACUGCACAGUCAAGGAAAUGCGCUGCGCCAACUGUCACGGAGCUCACAGGGCAACGUACCCGGGCUGCCCGAGGCGCAGGGACGCCGCUUUUGCCCAAAGGAUCCGCCAGUUCCGGGUAGAGGAAGAGUUAGCCGAGUGACGCAGAAGAUUUCCCUCUAAAGCCCGUGAGAACGCGACAGAAAUGCACGUCCGCGCAGAACCGAUCUGGAGUUGCGCAGCAUUACAAAUAAAGCCUUAUUUACAUUUAACGAUA